AUGGGAUGUGCACCAUCCAUUGGACCACCAACUGCGAUCAAUCCAGCCGAAGAUGGAGAAGUAAAUAAUGAAUCGAUAUUUAAUGCCGAUGAGAAAAUCAAAUUGAAAGAAGUUUGGGUUAUUGUUAAACAGAAUAAUAUGAAAAAACUUGGCGAUGAUAUUAUGGAAAGAGCAUUGAAGAAAAGUUCGACAUUGAUCAAUUAUUGGUACAAUGCUUAUCUUGAUCAAAGUAAUAAUUUAACAUUUAGUGAAAAUGAUUCAAGUAUUAAUCGAGAUGCAUUGGCUAAACAAGUUUAUUGUCAACAUGGGUAUAAAGUUUUAGAGAAAGUUGAUCAAGUAAUUAUGACAAUGGUAACGCGAACAACUCCCACAAAUAACAAUAAUAAUAAUCUGAUGAAUGAAUCGUUUCGUCGUGUCGCUGAAUCACAUGCUGAGUAUAAAAUAACUCAAAAUCAUGUUGACGUUAUUUGUGAAUCAUUUCUCGAAAGUUUGAAAAGUCUAAUGUAUCAAAACAGCAAAGAAUGGACGAUCAAACACGAAUUAGCUUGGACAAAGUUAUUUACAUUAACAACAGGUCAGUUCUUAUCCGCAACGCCAUCAACAGCAACAAAAAAAUCAUUGUCGUGA